AUGGCCUCUGCCUCUCGCACCGUGCCCUCCCAAUCCAGCGUCACACCCUCUGAUUUUUCAGCUUUGAUGGCUGCUCUUGCCAACCUCAACCUGUCGGCAGGCGGUGCUACUUUGUCGACCAUGACCACGACAACAACUUCUAACACACUCCAUCUUCCAGCCUCGAAUACUAUUGGGGGUACCUCGACCCUUCCAGCGGCGGCGCCUCCUCCGCAUUACCAUUACCACCCCCUGCCCCGUCGACUGCGGGUUCUACACCUGCAGCAACGACGACGACGACAACCCCUUCCCGUGCUAAACGCCCAGGUGUAUCGUAUCCCAAGGCCUGAAGACCUUCCUCGUCCCCGAAAUGUUUGGCCCCCUCAGAAUAAUUUCUAUGUCAUUACUUCGGGCCAGGAAGUCGGCCUGUUUUUUACCUGGAAUGAAAUGGCGGAGCGGGUUAUCGGCGUUCCCGGAAACAAGUAUGAGUGGCGAGCAAACUAUUACGACACUGUUGACAUUUACCGCAAAGCCUAUGACGACGACGAGGUUCACGUCACCCCCCUCGCCGGCUCCCGCUUUGACGUUUCAAUUGAGGACGAGUGGGGCACCCUUGAUUGGUCUAGCGAUGACGAGGAUAGCUUUGUGACUGCCAUGAGUCAGGCAUAG